UAGAGAUGACUAAUGAAGGCAAUGAUGAUGAUACGGUGCCGAAAGUCACCGAACAGAUGAAAGAAAUGCCCGGUGUAACCGGGGGUGAAUUAGCAUCUCAAUUAACUAAAGAGACGGAAGCUAAAAUUUCUAAGCAAAUUGGAAAGGAAAUAGAAGCCAGUCUAACGCAAUUUUCCGAGAGACUACAACCCACAAUUUUGCUAGCAGUAGAGGAUAUGAUAACUGAAAUAAAAGAUAGUCUCUCACAAGAAAAAGAUGACGGGAGUGGGUCGGAUAUGGACCCAAGACCCGUGAAGAAAUCAAAGCUUGAUACCCCAAAAGAGAAGGCAAGGUCUUCCCACAUGACAGCCGCAGAGGCUAAAGCUGAACCUUACGUCAUUUCAGGAAAAGAAACCGGAGCGUCAAGUGGACAAGCUGGCGGUGACACGCGCUUGGAAGGGGUGCUUGAAAGGUGAAAAUGGACCUAAUCCGGAUGGUGAUCAAGCAAUUAACAAGAACCGAAUGCACCAAAUGAAGCUUCCGCAUUUUGUUUAUUUUGUUUUAGAAAUAUGUGAACACUUGAAACUAUGUUUUUAAAGUUAACUAGUAGCA